CAUCUACAGAAAAUAAAAAUGGUGGCCAACAGCAUGCAUUACCCCUGCCCUGGUUUUAUACCACAAGCCAAAUGCUUGCAUUCUCUCGAACCAUUUUUAUUAUGUUUUCUACAUCCUCUUUCAUAUCUAAUUUCGGCGUGAGCUGCGUUAAUAGAGUUUUUACUGUCCAACCGAUGUUUCACAGUAACUGAGUGAGUUCUCGUUCUAACCAAAACACGAUCCAUUUAUUUCAAAACAAUAUUUAUAUUUACCUCAUACCAAAGAAUCUACUGUACAUUUAGUGUGAUGACUGAAGAGUCUGCGAGCAUGGGGUUGGAGGCCGAAAUGGCAGUUCCACUCCACCUCCAGAGGUUGGAAAGGAGUCUAAAUAUCCAACCGUUUCUCAAUCAAGUGAAUGACUUAUUUCAGGAUCACCUCAGUGACGAUGGGAAAUCCGUGUCUUCGGAUUCAUCAGAUGAAUCUAGCAGUUAUGCAAACAAUGUCCUGAAUCAGAAAGAAGAGAAAAGAAUUAACAAUUUGAGGCUGUACAACAUGGAUUGCGUUGGAGAUGAACGUAGAUGGUUGGAAGACAUUCUGCUGAGUGACUCUUCAGACAGUUCACAGUCGGGAUCAGACACCGAAGGCCCCAUAACAGAAGAGGAUUUCAAGGACAUGUUAAAAUUUCACAUACUUCGUAAGAAGUACCAGGGUCGAUUCUACCAGAAACCAGAAAACAUACAGUAUCAGUAUUAUGGAGCUGGGUUGCUCUCCACCUGCGACAGAUUUCCUGAUCACCAAAAGCUGAUCGUAGGGAAUAAAAAGAGAAAGGAAAAGAAGUCCGAUAAGAAGACAAUCAAAGUGAAGAAAGAAAAAAUAAUUCGUCAUCAUAAAACCUCUGACCUGUGUCAGGAGCAUGAUUAUCCUGAAGAGGAGUGGGAUAAGAUGAUGCCAAAAGAAGAGAUAGAUGAAUCUGAAUUGGAGUUGAUGAUGAGGCAUCAACCGAAAGGACGGGGUAGGAAAAAACACAACGCCAAAACUCCGGAGAUGAUGGCUCUUAAAAGACGGAAGAUUUGGAUAAUGAUGUCAAAGAAAGAGCUUGGUAAGGUACAGCGAGCAAAGACGAAUAAUCACAAGGAGAUGCUCAUCAGUUGUAAAAAAGUGGCGCAACACUGCAUGAAGUACUGGCGACAGAAAGCUAUGCAGUCCCAGAAAAACAUGAAAGAAACUAUUUGGAGAGCCAAAAGGUUAACCAGAGAGAUGCAGUCGUAUUGGAAGCGUUACGAUAGAGUUGAAAGAGAAACUCGACGACGUCUGGAGAAAGAGGCUGAGGAGCAGCGAAAAAUGGACGUUGAAUUGAUCGAAGCUAAGAGGCAGCAGAGAAAACUCAACUUUCUGAUCACACAAACCGAGUUAUACGCUCAUUUUAUGUCUAAAAAGCUGGGGAAAGUCGCUCCCGAAGAGCAGCUUCGAAUAUUGAACCAGCUGGAUGACGAGAAGAAUCCAAGAUUGAUUGGAAUCGAUGAUUAUGACAGCGAGGUAAUGAAACAGAAGGCAAAGAAGAAUGCAAUGGAGGCAUUCGAUAAUGAGAGAGCUAGGACUAAGCUGUUUGAUACACCUUCGUCCUCGCAGGAGUUGCGUCUCUGUGAUACACCAGAGAAUUUGGAGCAUCCACAGCCAUCAAUUUUCAAGGGUAAUUUAAAGGGCUAUCAGUUGAAGGGUAUGAAUUGGCUAGCAAAUCUCUACGAUCAAGGUAUCAGUGGAAUUCUUGCUGAUGAGAUGGGUCUUGGUAAGACUGUGCAGUCGAUAGCAUUUCUGUGCCACGUUGCUGAACGGUAUUCAGUGUGGGGGCCUUUCUUGAUCAUCUCACCAGCAUCAACUCUUCACAAUUGGCAACAAGAAAUGGCGAGAUUCGUUCCAAUGUUCAAGGUUGUUCCUUACUGGGGAAAUCCUCAAGAGAGGAAAAUCCUUCGACAAUUCUGGGAUACGAAGGACUUACAUACGAAAGAGGCAUCUUUUCACGUUGUCAUCACUAGUUAUCAGCUUGUGAUAACUGAUUACAAGUACUUUAACAGGAUAAAAUGGCAGUACAUGAUACUAGAUGAGGCUCAAGCUAUCAAGAGCACCAGCAGCAUGAGGUGGAAGCUACUCUUGGGUUUCAGUUGUAGGAAUCGACUAUUACUCAGUGGCACACCUAUUCAAAAUAGCAUGGCUGAGCUGUGGGCCCUUCUUCACUUCAUCAUGCCCACUCUCUUUGAUUCUCACGAUGAAUUCAACGAGUGGUUCUCCAAGGACAUUGAGAGCCAUGCUGAGAACAAAACUGGUAUCGAUGAGAAACAUCUGUCGAGGUUGCACAUGAUAUUGAAGCCUUUUAUGUUAAGACGAAUCAAGAAAGAUGUUGAGAAUGAACUUUCUGACAAAAUUGAAGUGAUGGUUUACUGCCCACUGACUACUAGGCAAAAAUUACUAUACUCAGCUCUCAAGCAGAAAAUACGAAUCGAAGAUCUUCUUCAUUACACAGUAGGUGGUAAUAGCGGCGAUACAGCGGCGAGUGACAAAAAUUUCACAUCCAAUUUGAUGAAUCUAGUCAUGCAGUUCAGAAAGGUGUGCAAUCAUCCUGAAUUAUUUGAGAGGAGAGAUGCCAAGUCUCCACUUUUCGUAAACACUGAGAAUUACGAAAUGCCAGCUCUUUUGUACAGAGAGGGACUCCUGGACUUUGCUUUGCCUUCUAAUCGUCAUCUACUGUACAACAAACUCUUUAUUUUCGCUACUGAGUACAUUCAUCGAUCUCUCUUCGGUGCCGUCCCCACCAGUUAUUUUUCAUUCGCGAGAUUGAUUGGUGAAUCUCCUAUGGAAUUGAACCAGAUAUACAUAUGUGGUAUUUUGUAUGUUCUGUGUCACGCAACUCGGAUGGAGAGAAAAAUGAGGAUUAAGAGGUAUUGGGAGGAUUGGAGCGUUGAUGAAGCUACACCUUCCCUCAUGCUCGUCAAGACCUGCGAUAAACUCGUGGAGACUAAUGCAGAUCUCUUUUUUACGAGAAAGAUAUUCGAGAAUGAGGCGAUUUACAUUCAUACCUCUCACAUCAUUCACUCAAUGGCUGAGACAAUGGCACACAGAAUACUCAGGAGUAGUAAGCACUCAUCAAAUUCUCUCCCCAAAUUUCCCCGCUCUCAUGGGAUUGUCAAUCCAGAGCUUGCUGAUGAGCCAAAAUUAAUUCUUCUGCCUGAACACAGACAUCGCCCACAACCACCAGUCGUCAGGGCUAAUCAACUGACACCUGUACCUUCUUUCCUCUGUGAUAAUAAUUCAAUGGUUCAGGCGAGACCGCGAAAAUUGUAUGUUAGUAAUUCAGCUGCUGCUUGCGCCUGGAGGCAACAUGAAGAGUGCGGUGGGGCAUUUGGACAAAUGGUCCUGAGAAUUGGCUGCGAGCAGGCCCUUAUUUCUUCACCGGAAAUUGAGCCAUUGAUUGGCCUAUCAAAUCUUAAAACUGCUACCAUGUUUUCACAUGAAUCUGCAGGAGGAUUAACAGCGUGUACUCCGGUCAAUGGGUGGUCCAAUAUUAUUAUUCCAGAUAAACAGACCCUGGUGACAGAUGCUGGAAAACUAUCCGUAUUGGAUAGUUUACUAAAACGACUUAAAGAGCAGGGCCAUCGGGUUCUGAUCUACUCUCAGAUGACGAAGAUGAUUGACUUGCUCGAGGAGUAUAUGUAUCAUCGAAAGCACACAUUCAUGCGUCUAGACGGUUCCUCGAAAAUCUCCGAUCGUCGUGACAUGGUAGCAGACUUCCAGAAAAGAGCGGACAUAUUUGUCUUCCUACUGAGCACAAGAGCUGGUGGCUUGGGAAUCAACCUCACUGCCGCUGACACGGUGAUUUUCUAUGACAGCGAUUGGAAUCCAACUGUAGAUCAACAAGCAAUGGACAGGGCCCACAGAUUAGGCCAGACAAAACAAGUAACUGUUUACAGGCUUAUUUGCAAAGGCACUAUUGAGGAAAGAAUUUUACAAAGGGCACGUGAAAAAAGUGAGAUUCAACGUAUGGUGAUAAGUGGUGGUAAUUUUAAGCCAGACACACUGAAGCCGAAGGAAGUUGUCUCACUUCUUCUGGACGAUGAGGAGAUCGAGGCAAAAUGGGGUCCACGUACGUAUAUUUCAGACAGUCAACGGAGCGAGGAAAGAAAGCAGCACGUUACUCUGGAGGAUACUCGAAUUGACUUCAGUAUACAACACAAGGAAAAAGAACGGAAAAGGAAGCUAACCGCGGUUCCGGUCAAGACUGAGCUCAAACGUCCAUGCUUUGACGACAGUACUGCGGAAAAGUUGUACGAUGUUUCGUCUAUUAUUUCUGCUGGUGAACAGACAAGUCCCACUCAGCAAAACAAUGAUCAACAGACGGUGGAGAGUAAUGAGGAUUAUGGAGUUCCUAGCAGUCCCAUUAAAUCUGAGGAUGAAACGAGCAACGAAGGUCUCGUAGUGGAUGUUGACGGGCCAGUUUACGGUCCAAACUCUCCCCGUCAAGUGCGCGGUGUUUUCUUCAAUGAGCCUCCAAAAGUCUCAAAACUCGGUCAUCACUUCAGUUUUGGAAACGUUCCGAGAAUACGUACAGCAAUACGAGGUACAAGUAAACGUGGAAGACCUCGUGGUUCGCGACGAGGUGGUCCAGUUGGUGGUAAAGGCAGAGGGAUGCUGAUGCAACCUCCUCUCGGCUCGUUACCAAAUUCACCUGGCACAUCGCAAUUUCUACCCUCCUCGUCCACUGGCGAUUCGAUCGCCCAGCACGGCGCGUAUGGGCUCGCUGGAUCGACUGAUGGCGAUGGGCCAAGUACAGUGGGGCCUCUGGGUAAUCAAAUGACUCCUGGGAGAGGUUUGGCUGUGGUGCGAAGGGGCCCAGGUAGGCCGAGGUUGAGACCUGCUGGUCCUGGUAAUCAGGGAUAUCGAGCACCAAGUCAACACUACAGUAAAAGAAUACAACGACCACUUCCGGUACCACUGAGAUCCCAUCAAUUGUCGAGUUCAACACCAUUCAAUCCGACUACCAAUUCAGCCCCAGGUGUUCCCACAGAGCAGUCGGGUACCUCAGGAAGUUUCACUUCCGAAUCUAGGCCUUUUGGAUUUUAUACUCAGCAAACGAAGAAUCAGUUGCCGUACUGAACGCAGUGCAUGUGUACAGAGAUAUUAUGCGAUAUCAUUGGAAUUUAUUAUGUGAAACUAUGGGACAACUAUUCAAUUACGUGGAAUAUUCGUUGAAUUGUAAUUAAAUUUUUAAUAUUUCACUUAUGUGUGAUAUUAUGAGGCUACGCCGAUUUCAUAAUUGGAUUUAUUCUGCCUCAGAUCAAUCAUUGGGACAGAAUUAAGUAGAUGUUGAGUUCGUUCUUGGUCAGUUCAUGCGGUAUAGUCAAUGUAACUUUGAGCGUCUCGUUCUAUUGUACUGAUUUUUGAAUAAAUCUAGAAUAUUUAUUAGAAAAUAA